CGUAUAAUUUUCGUCUUCGAACACUAAUAUAAUGUAACGAUGAUAUAAUCAAUUUUUCUAUUUCCUCAGACGAAGAAAAAGAGAAGAGAAGGAACCGAAACACAGAGAAGAACACGAAGAAGAAGAAGAAGAAGAAAAGAGAGAGAGAGAGAGAGAGAGAAGGUGAUGACGAUGGACAGAGAGAAAGAGAGAGAGAUAGAGCUAGAGAGUGCAAUGUACACAAACUGUUUGUUGUUGGGUCUGGAUCCGGCAAUUAUCGGAGUCGGAGCAUCCAAUGCAACUCCUCGGGUCGGACUCUUCCGCCAUUCGAACCCUAAAUUAGGGGAACAGCUUCUUUACUUCAUCCUUUCCUCCCUCAGAGGCCCAAUUCAAUCUGCCAAAGAUUUCGAUAAGGUUUGGCCGAUUUUUGAUUCCGCACAAUCGCGUGAUUUUCGAAAGGUUGUGCAAGGGAUUAUUAGCGAGCUCGAGUCGCAGGGUGCGCUUCCCAGGAGCAAUUCAAGAGUUUCUUCACUUGCUACGUGUUGUGGACCUAGGUUUGUUGAGCUUCUAUGGCAACUUUCUUUGCAUGCUUUACGAGAGGUUCAUCGACGGACAUUUACUGCUGACAUAGCUUCUAACCCAUUGCCUGCGCCUUUGACUGAUGUAGCAUUCUCACAUGCAGCUACUUUACUUCCAGUUACAAAGGCAAGAAUAGCCCUUGAAAGAAGGAAGUUUCUUAAAAAUGCAGAAAUGGCUGUACAACGGCAGGCUAUGUGGUCGAAUUUGGCGCAUGAAAUGACUUCUGAAUUUCGUGGUUUAUGUGCUGAAGAGGCUUAUUUGCAACAAGAGCUGGAAAAACUGCAUGACUUGAGGAAUAAAGUGAAGUUGGAAGGAGAAGUGUGGGAUGAUCUUGUGUCCAGUUCAAGUCAGAAUUCCCAUUUAGUUUCAAAGGCUACUCGCCUAUGGGAGUCUUUAUUAGCUCGUAAAAGUCAACAUGAAGUUCUUGCAUCAGGCCCUAUUGAGGAUUUGAUAGCUCACCGGGAACAUAGGUAUCGAAUUUCUGGAUCAUCUUUGCUUGCAGCAAUGGACCAGAGUUCUCAGGCUCCUUAUUCAGACGUAUUAUCUGGUCAGCCUGGGGAUUUGCCUGCAGUGCAAAUGGAUAACAAAGAGGAGAAUGAUGGAUCGCAUUUUAGCAAUGAUACAUUGACAAGAGUGGAUGACAGAACUGGAAGAGUUCAGCAAACUGUUGAUGUAGCAGAGGUUAUACGGCGAUGGACACAUGCUUUGCAACGUAUCCACAAACAAUCGCUUCAUCUGGCAAAAGCGAAUGAUGGAGACGGUCCAGAAAUAUUGCGUAGUGCCCAGGAAGGCGGUUCAAGUGGCCAUGCUGAGUCUUUAGCAGCAACCCUUGCAGAGCAUCAACAACAUUUAGCAAGCUUCCAGGUGCUUAUUAAUCAACUCAAGGACGUUGCUCCAACAAUACAGAAGUCCAUAUCAGAGUGUACAGAGAAGGUGAACUGCAUAGCCUCCAAUCUACCUCCAAUGAACAGACAUCACGGUCUGUCAAUGUCACCUAACCAAGCACAGAAUAGUGGGAGGAUGGAAAGUAGCACUGAUGAUGUUGGUGAGGUGACUUCAAGAAUAUCUAAUGUUCAGCUUGACAACGUUUCUGUUAGUCCUCCCACUUUAAAGCUUCCUCAAUUGUUUAGCUUGAACCUAUCUUCUGGAAAAGCUGGAAAUGUGCAAAGGCGGCAUGGUAAUGCUUCUCAAACCAACCAAAUGGAGAAUCUUUCUGACAGGAAAUCUUUGGAUCCUCCUUCAAGUAACGAAGUAGCAAGUUCAGCAGAAGGUAGUGAUAUUUCCUAUAUCCAGAAUUUAAAGAGGUCGGUAAGAGAAGCGGCACUGUCAUUGCGGUCUAGCAAUUCAGAGUCAUCACGAGAUAGUCAUUCUGAUGGAAGUUCUGAGCACUUCUUUGUCCCUCUUUCAGAAACUGGCUUUUCUCAUUUAGAUGGAGAAAAAAGGACAGCUUCAUUGAGGAGUAAAGGGUUAUUUUUAUCUCAUAUGGAUGAUUCCUUGCUUGAGAGUCAUGCUUUUGAUGGGCAUGGGGAGAGCAAGUUUGAUGAAUAUCCAGAUAUGUUGAAUGAUUUGGAAAGGCUUUCUGAUUAUGAACAUGAAAAUGGGUUUCUCUCGUACACUGGUUCAAAUGCAACGUCUGAUGCGCAGCGGUCAUUUUUUGACUUUGAGGAUGCACAGGAUCAAGUCUUCUCACCACCUCUGCUAAUGGACUCAUCGCUUUUAGCAGAUCCGUUUGAAGACUUGCUGGCCCCUCUCUCUGAGACUGAAACGGCCCUGAUGGACCAUUGAAACUUUUCUGGGCAACCUCGGGAACUUAACUGAGGAAAUGGCAUGAUUGAUGUGGUGGAUUGUUAUUCUUUUGUCAGGAUAUUCUCUCCCUUCACCUUUUAUAACACGAUACUUGUAUGAUUUCUGUUAUUCUUGUUUGGUAUAUUUCACCAUUCUAUUUACUCUGUUGAUUUGUACUGCUGGGAGGGAACCAUGAAUGACCCGUGUUCUUCAUUCUUGAAUGUUGAUUUACUUUGCGAUGAAGAUGCUAAAAUCCAAUAGUGCAAGCUGGAUUGGAGGGUGAAGUUUGUCUUCAACCAAAUAAUUGCAGUGCGACUUGAAUUUGCAUUCACAUUUUCAUCCACUUAAGGAGGAAACUGACAUCCCAAUAGGGCCUGUAAAAAAAAAAUGGUGGAUUAGUGGAUAUGAGAAAUGCAGGUCUGGGUUUUCUGCGGCAACUCUUUAUCCCUCUGGUAUCUGUUUUUAGUCAGUUGUGAUCUAUCCUUGGAAUGCAAUUAAUUUAUGUAUUUUACAGCUGUGUAUCAGAUGAUUUAGGUCUUGUAUCUUGGUAAUAUAUCAGGAAUGUAAACUUACAUCAUUUUCUUAUACUGUCCAGCAACAUACAUUUUUCCUUUUUAUUAUUUUAAUAUGGUUUUGUGAUUUCCAUUUUCCAUUACUUUGUGCACUUGACUGGUUAAUGGAAUAUGAUUCUUUGAUUUAAUUUUAUGACUUCACCAAUUGUUUGUUUAGCAUAUAGCAUGACCAAGAACUGCAAUUAGGUGGUUUCUUUGUGUUGAUAUGGCAGAGUAAAGAGAUGG